UAUUUUGAGGUUAUCGAAUGUUGACAUUUAAUUUAUUUUGCACAUUGAUAUCAUUUAAAUUGUAGUAUUAAUUGGACUUAGGUUAAUUAACCCAUCCACCUGUUCAAAUUUGUCAAAGAAUGUCAAACGUGCCAAUCAGUCGCCUCGAUGUAAUUUACAGAAAGAUUCUUCUAACAAAAUUUUUUUCCAAAGGCUGGGGUUCACCUGAAGAUUUAAAAACAUUAUUUGACUUCAGAAAAGUCAUCUCGAAUAGGGAAAGAUGCUUCAAUUUGGUGCCAAAAAAUUACCCGAUUAAAAUAAUUAAUAAGGAGCUUAGAUCUGACUAUCAAAUAAUAGAAGGUAGUUUUGUUAGUCCAUUGCAUUUGUAUAUGCCUUCCUUAAUAACCCCUGAAAUAAGAACUGCGUAUUUCCAAAUGAUUUUACCUGCAAAAUGGACACUCAGUAAUUUCAAACCUGUUUGUAUCCAUCUAGCUGGUACAGGUGAUCAUUUUUUCUGGAGACGAAGGAAUAUAAUGGCUAAACCUUUACUCCAAAAAGGAAUUGGUGCCAUCAUUCUGGAAAACCCAUAUUAUGGACUUAGAAAGCCUACUGAACAAACAAAAUCAAGUCUGAGAUAUGUUUCAGAUAUUUUUAUUAUGGGAGGGUGUCUAGUCCUAGAAUGCAUAACCCUUUUAAAUUGGUGUGUUCAACUUGGUCUUGGACCUCUUGGCGUUACGGGCAUUUCAAUGGGUGGACAUAUGGCAUCAUUGGCUGCUUCCAAUUGGCCUGCUCCGAUAGUGCUUGUGCCAUGUCUUUCCUGGUCCACUGCUUCAACAGUUUUCACAGAGGGUGUUAUGAGUGAAUCAAUAGACUGGGACUUUUUACAAGAAGAAUAUUUAGCUGAUGAAGCAUAUCAGAACAUCCUCUCUAAAAUAUGCAAGAUUGUUGAUAAUCCCUUUGAGUGUAGCUUUGCCCCAAAAGAGAAUGCCUAUACCUUGCUAGGAGUUCCUGAAAAGGAAUUAACUUACAUUACACCACACCAGAUAUUGAAGAUAAUCAAUGACGAACGUACUUCAAAUUGUCCUGCCAUAACUUAUAAACCCUCCAAAGCUUUCGAGAAGUUUUUCUCAAGAAAAGAUAAGUCAAUUCUCAACCUACUUAAGGAUACUAGCCCCAUGUCUUUAAGAUCUAGGUAUAUAUCUGAAAUGAGAAACAGAGAUAAAGAAGCUCUCUGGUUUAUGAAAGGAAUUAUGGACGAGUGUACACAUCUUAGAAAUUUCUCUGUUCCUGUAGACACUUCUCUCAUUAUAGCCAUUUGUGCAAAGGCUGAUGGUUAUAUUCCUAGACAUGGUACGUCGAAAUUAGAAGAUAUAUGGCCAGGGGUGACAGUUAAAUAUGUCGAUGCUGGGCAUGUAGGGGCCUAUAUUUGGUAUAGACAAUUAUUCAUUAAUUCCAUAGUAGAAGCCUUCGAGAAGGCUAAGAAAUUAUCCAUCUGAAAUGGUACAUCUUUCCACGAGGCUCAAAAUUUAUUUAAAUGAUAACAGUACCUGACUGAUUGUGUAUGGUUCUAUUGUGAUAUGUUUAUAAAUAAAGCAAUUUGAAAAAAAAGUUUUUUUGUAUCAAUGUUGUGAAUUAUAUAUGCUGAUGUGAUAAAAUUACGGAAAAAUUGCAAUGCUACGAAACCGAACAAAAUCGCGGAAUCGGAAUUCUGAGAUACAAAUCUAAAGUUUUGUUGACUAAAUCCUUGGGAGAUCUUGUAUAUAUAUAUUUUUUUUUAACAUUUCCUUAGACUAAUGUGGUGUUUUGGCUAUGGAAAUAUUAUUUAUGAUGUAUGCUCAGCCUUGGCUGCAAAAAAUGAGUAAUUUUCUUGCAAGAUAAAACUAAUCUUUCCCAAACAAGUGAAAUUAAGGAGUGCAAUAAAUGGAAUAUCUUAUCAUUGGGAAAUUUUAUCAAUUUUGAAAACAACAUGGAAUGAUGUACUUAGAUAUUAUCACUCAUGGCGAAUUGAAACGAAAAGAUAAAGUAUUUAAAUUUCCAAUCUGAAUUAUGAGUUUCAAUUGAUAGAUAAUAACCGUUAAUUUCUCAAUUUGCUUUUAGUCGCAAUUGAUUUUUUCGUUCAAAUCACGAUAUAUACUUUUUUUAAAUCACGAUAUAGAUUUUCCAUAUAACAGAUAGAUUAUAAUAACGAGUUCUACGACUUCUAAAUGAAAUAUAAUCGAAUUGAUCAUGAAUUUAUCCUUCACUUCUACCAAAGAUUACACCUGUUUUGUCUUUGACCCUCGACCAGACGUCGAAGAAUGUAUAGGUGUGAUAUACGCUUUCGCCAGGUUUAUUUCUGCUACGCUGACGUUAUCUCUUCUUAGAACCCUAAAAAUUUAUACAGAUUCCACUCGCACUUCGUUCGUUGUCAUUUCAAGAAUGUUGAAUAUAUAUAGGAGUUGAACUUGUCAGACGAUCCAAAAUUAUUGUUAAUAUACAGGGGGAAUCGUUCAAUACAUAAGGCGAUGAAGAUUCCUACUACGAUUAUUUUUUCAACCACUUCGCGUGUUUCGCUAUAACAACAGCAUCUUCAGGGGGGUGCAGGUAUAAUUGCACAAUUAGCUAACUCUUCAAAGUACAAUUCAAUGAAGAAUCAUUGAAAAAUCGAAACCUGGCUAAUUAUUGGCUGGACAUGGUUCAAAUUUUUAAGCUCGAGUGUCACUUUGAAAAAAUGUACAAAAUAAAUAACUCAUUCUGUUUAUUCAACAAAAUAUUACAAGAAUAAAUAGGAAAUAACGAUCACCAGAUUAUAUUUCGCUAAAAAUAAUGUUCCAUAUAAAUUUUAAAAAUGAACUAAACUAUAUAUAUAUACAGAAUGACAAAAAAAUAGUUCAGUCAAAUCACUUAAGUUCAAUGUUUUUCAAAACUAGCGAUAAAUUUUUAAAUUAUCGGAAGAAGUACGUUAAAAUGAAGACUGCUCAACAAUAGUACGAAUAUCACAUUUUGUGUAAGAGUAAUUUAGGUACCUAUAUAUAUAUAUAUAUCAUCAAAAUUUCAAGACAUCGUUCAACACUUGCCAAAAUAGCAAGUAUUCUUUAACAUUUGAACUUACUUAUAAUCAAU